GACUUAUAGGUCAGCCGGAAGGCGCGUGAGGCCUUGGCAGUGCACUGAGCAGGCCCUCGCCGGGACCCCGGGCGUCAGGCAGGCGCAGCGUCAGCCCGCCCCCAGUCUUGGAGCCUCCCUCUCGUGGCGGCUGCAGUGCGGCCUGCGUCGUCUCCCGUAGUUAUCCGACCGGCUAUGGCCGCUCGUCUCCUGCGUGUCGCCUCCGCCGCCCUUGGCGACACAGCCGGCCGGUGGCUGCUCCUCGCCGGACCCCGCGCGGGAGCCGGCGGUCUCCGGGGGAGCCGGGGGCAGGGCGGGAGCGCCAGGCCGGGCCUGGGCGGCGGCGCAGCUGCGGCGACGCGGACGCUGAGCGUGUCGGCGCGCGCGCGAAGCAGCUCAGAAGAUAAAAUAACAGUCCACUUUAUAAACCGUGACGGUGAAACAUUAACAAGCAAAGGAAAAGUUGGUGACACUCUACUAGAUAUUGUGGUUGAAAAUAAUCUUGAUAUUGAUGGUUUUGGUGCAUGUGAGGGAACCUUGGCUUGCUCCACCUGUCACCUCAUCUUUGAACAGCACAUAUUUGAGAAAUUAGAAGCAAUCAGUGAUGAGGAGAAUGACAUGCUUGAUCUGGCAUAUGGACUAACAGAUAGAUCGCGGUUGGGCUGCCAAAUCUGUUUGACAAAGGCUAUGGACAAUAUGACUGUUCGAGUACCUGAUGCUGUGUCUGAUGCCAGAGAGUCCAUUGAUAUGGGCAUGAACUCCUCUAAGCGAGAAUAAAUAGGAAUAUUUUCACAACAUUUUACCUAUUUUUAUAAUUAUUAUUUCUUAAUGUAAUUAAAUGAGAACAUGGAUGAAUGCAUUUAUUAUUAUGACUAGAUUUAUUACUUUAAUUCACCUUGUGUAACUGCUGAAUUUUGUAGUUCUGAAAGAAUGUCAUCUUUAUUUUGAUUAAAUUAUAAAAACAAAUCAAAUAUUAGAAAGUAGUUAAUAUGAUAAAACCUUAUAUAUUUUACCUGUGUUUGAUUAGCAACAUUAGCAAAAUGUUUUCACAUAAAUCUUAUGCCUACUUACCUAUAAAAUAGGUUAAAAAAGGUAUCAUUAUCUCUGUUAGACGUGGUGGAGGCAGAGAUGUAAAAUGGCUUGUCUAGGGCCAUACAACAAAUUAGAAGGUCAGUACUAGAACUGUAUCUUGUUAUUACAAGUUAUGUGUUGAGAUCGAAAGUGGAGAAAUUAAGAAUGUCAUAGCUGUAGUUAAAUGUGAAUGUGUAUGGAUGUGUAUUUAAUUGCUCAGUAAGCUGAUUAAUUUCAAAGAUAGGUAUGACCUUAUAAAUCAUUAUUCCAAAAUUUUGAUUCAGUGAAAGCACAGGUAAUGUGCUGAGCAACGACUGAGCACAGGUAAUGGAGUGCUGUCAAAGAUGUUUGGUGUCAGUUCUGACUGAACUGGAGAAAUAAACUAAAAAUUACAUGUCUUUAUUUUUUUAUCCUAAUCAGAA